ACUUAAUGAUAUCUCUGCUACAGCUGCUAGGACUUUGAACCUUAUCGUCACCGAGAUCAUAAAGCAUUAUUUUUCUACAGUUUAAUAUACAUUAAAGGCAAGAAGAGAAAUCAAAUUUCCAUAAUAAUGUUUUCCGCUUGUACCAGAACAUUACGGGCUGCUAACAAAUUUGGCUCAUUGAUACGUUAUGAGUCUACCUUGGUUAUUGCAGAACAUAAUAACGAAAAUUUACUACCAAUCACCUGUAACACAUUGACAGCUGCAAAGAAAAUCGGUGGCGAUGUAACUGUACUGAUUGCUGGCACAAAAUGCGACACAGUUGCACAGAACGCAUGUAAGGCCAAAGGUGUAUCCAAGAUCCUUCUUGCAGACAGUGAUGCAUUUAAAGGAUUUACUGCAGAAUCAUUGACGCCGCUUAUACUUAAACUGUAUAAUGAACACAAAUUCACACAUAUAUUAGCUGGUGCGAGCGCGUUUGGUAAAGCGUUGCUUCCCAGGGUUGCAGCCAAGUUAGAUGUAUCUCCAAUAAGUGAUAUUAUCGACAUAAAAACAUCAGAUACUUUUGUACGCACUAUAUAUGCUGGUAAUGCUAUUCAGGCUCUUAAAUCUAAAGACAAUGUGAAAGUGGUAUCUGUAAGAAGCACCUCUUUCGAACCGCUACCUUUGGAAGGUGGUGAUGCUAAAUGCGAAAAUCUUCCUACUAGCGAUUAUAUUUCUAAUCAAGUGCAAUACAUUAAACAAGAGCUUAGUAAAUCUGACAGACCAGAGCUGACAUCUGCCAAAGUUGUAAUUUCUGGUGGACGUGGAAUGAAAUCUGGUGAAAAUUUCAAAUUAUUAUACACAUUGGCAGAUAAGUUCAAUGCAGCGGUAGGAGCCUCUCGUGCUGCGGUUGAUGCAGGAUUCGUGCCGAAUGAUCUGCAAGUAGGACAAACAGGGAAAAUCGUUGCACCGAAUCUAUAUAUAGCAGUUGGAAUUUCGGGUGCAAUUCAACAUCUUGCCGGCAUGAAGGAUUCUAAGACAAUUGUAGCAAUCAACAAGGAUCCAGAAGCUCCUAUCUUUCAAGUAGCAGAUUACGGAUUAGUCGCAGAUUUAUUUAAAGCUGUACCCGAACUUACUGGGAAAUUGUAAAUAUUAUAAGUUGUUUACAUAUAUAAAUAGUUUAUUUCAUGUAACUAAUUAUAUUACAUAACUAUUUUAAAUUGUUUAUAUAUAAAAUAUAAAUACUUGUAUUUCAUAUUUUAUGAUACACUGUUUUAUUAUUAUAU